AAGGCUUGUAUUUAAACUAUAACAGGUAUUUCGCAAUUACAUUUCUCAUCAACACGAACACAUUUUGCAAGAAAUUAAUAUAUAAUAUAACGCAACAAUUUCCUUAAAAUAACUUAAUUAUGUGUUUCAAAUAGGAUUGUUUUCUCAUCUUUACAAUGAUUAAAGUGAAAGAAGUGGAAGAUAAACAGGAAUAUUGAAAGACAUCAUUACAAGGUUACUCUGUGUUUACAAUUUACUCCAUAUAGCGAAAAUGUUUGAGGAGGAGAAAGUGAAUGAAGACGAGAAGACAAGUAGUCAGGUGUAAGACAGUUAAAGAAUGCAUUGAAACUGAAUUGGGUCGAUAUGGUUUACUAGAGGACAAGGUGUUCCGGGAUACUGAUAGCAUGGAUAACGAAAUAAAAGGCACAGAAGAAGAGUUGAAACGAAGGUUGAAGUGCGGCAUGAAAAUCUUAGAUGAAAAUUUGAAAGAAUGCCUCGCUUUGAACAGGGAUUCCAUUUUAACGCAAAUGGACACUUAUUUGGUGGACGAAGAUAAACAUUUGUUAUAUCUUAAAUAUCCUGAAGUUUUAGAGCCAAUUAUAAACAUAGAUACAUGGACUAUUCCUCUUCUCAGUUUCGUGAUGGCAAGACUUUACAAAAGAAAGGUGGCAAGCUGUGUUGACAUUAAUUUUAUUCGGCUCAUUGACAUGAGUAUAAAUAGAACAGUGCGCUUAAAAGCAAUCUUUGAUGGGAAACUAGAAAAUCUUAUAAAUAAACUUGAUGGUGAUGAGAUAAGUCAACAUUACAAUCUUGAAGACUAUGUUAUAAAGGUAAUGUUGAAUAUGUACAAUUACAAAACCAUUAUUAUCCUACCAAAUGUUUAUGCGGUAAAAUAUGUUCAGGAUAUGUAUUAAACGCAAGUUAUCUUAGUAUAGCUAUGCCUGCUAAUUUUCUAAUGUUUGUCUUUAUUGUUGAAGUGUAAACAAAUUUUGCUAAAUGACUCAUUUUGCACAUGUAUAAUGUCUUAUAGGACGAAGAAGGUGUUGAAACAACACAAAAAUACUUGUUUCAAAACUUAUGUAGCGAAGACACAACUGAAGAAGUUAGAGGAGAAAUAUCGGACAGUUUUAAUGUAAAAGAAGAUGAUAAAGAGGAGACAGAAAAAGACACAGAGGAGACACAUAAGCGCGUUCUGGAUAGAUCACUAUCGACAAUUAAAGAAUGUAUGAAUCCUGAACCGAUUCUUGAUAGUUUGCUUGAGGACAAUGUUUUCCAGUAUAUUGAUAUUCGUGAUAUCAUGGAACAAACAAGUACAACGAAGAAGAACGAAACAAUUAUAGAAAAGAUCAGACAAAACGGCACCGAUGUAUAUAAACUUUUCAAAAAUUACCUUGGAAAAAGCCAACAGUAUCUUUUACUUAAGUUUAUUGAAAAUACUGAAAGAAGGGAAGAAACAACGGAUUUACAAACAGAAUUGAAGGAAGAAUCUAAAAAAAGAUUGAAAGAAAUCCGAAACCAAAAAUCAAGUGCAGAAACAUCUGUCAAUCUAGUGGAAGAACAGUUGGUUAUAUCAUUGAAAAGAGGAAAUGGAAAUGAAUUGAAAGGGACAGAAGAUAUAGAGGAGAAAUUGGAAAUAUACACUUCAUCUUAUCCCAGUUCAAAGAAAUGCUGCAAUGUAGUUAAAAACAUUUUUGAAGGGACAAUUGAAAUGUUCUCAGAUCCACUAAUCAAAGCCGUUGAAGAUGUAGCCUCUAUUAUUAACGUAGAGAUCAAAGCUGCAUCUGUGGAUGAAGAUAAUACUGUUGUGGUGACUAUGGCAUGUGCGUCUUGUGAAGAAAUAAGACUGUUAUUACAGACACUGAAAGGGAAUGAAUUUAAAUCAAAAAUAGAAAACCUUAAAACUGUUCUUUCUAAAGAGUACGAAAUUGUCUGCGUCAUUCAUGCCAAAGUAUCACAUGAAAAGAUAAAGGAAGUGCAACAACAUUUGAUGGAACAGGGUGUCAUAAAUGAAACACACGCUGACGAUUUAUUCUGCGAAAAUCAUCCCCAGCAACAGGCUGAGCUGUUUUGUCCCGAACAUGAUAAGUUUGUUUGUCAUAAAUGCGAAGAAAAGCAUAGAAUGUGCCAGGGUGUAAGACAAAUAACAAAGGAUGUUAGCACAAAAAUAUACAGGAUCAGAAGUGAUGAACCGGCAAAUAUAUUGUGUACUACAAUGAAACUUUGUACACUACCUUCAGGUGAGAUUCUGCUCAUCGAUAAUGUAAACAAAAAGUUGAAGAAACUUGAUUUGACCUAUAGCGUUGUAGGCCAAUAUAUGUUUGAUAAGUCGAAAACUCCGUUUGACGUUUGUGCAAUUCAUGCCUCAAAAGCCUUUGUUACCUUUGGCCACCAGGUUUGUGUAGUUAAUGUUGGGGAUAUUGAUAUUCACGUAGAGAAGUUUUUCAAAACAAAGGCCCCUUGUUUUCGCUUAUACAGAAAAAACAGUGUAAUAUACUAUACCGACAACCUUUCCAUCUAUACGUGUGAUGAAAACGGAGAAAAUCAUAAAGAGUUACAUCAGUUUGGGCAGGAAACUUUAUGUUAUGCCUUUGUUGUUAAUGAUGACAGAAGUAAGAUUGUUGUGGCUGCUGGAGAAGAUGGCCUUAUUAUAAUUGAUGCAAACAGCCAAAAUCAGCCGACAGUAACACUAAAAGAAUUACAGGGUUGUACAGAUCUAUGCAUAGUUAAAAGUCAAAUGCUUCUCGUGUGUGCAUCUAACACGUUAUUUCUAGUAGAUAUCGAACUAGGAAAGGUAUUGAAACAAGCUGCAAUUGGGUUGCGCUGCCCUAGGUCGUUUGCCUUUGACGUUAUAGACAAUUCGGUGAUCGGAGGCAAUCUAGGAAAUGAUUUCAUUUCAGUAUUUAAUGUAAAUAUUGAGUAUGAUGCUACAUAAGACGUAAUGGGUAUUCAGGAUGCAAUUAAGCGCCUGUGUAUGAACUGAAAUAACCGCGUGUCAUCUUAUGUUUAAUUUAGUCUAUUGUGUCAAGUAUUUACUUCAACUGAUUUGCUGUGAUAUAUAGUACAUACAAAAUAUUUUUAUUGUAAUCAUUAAAACAUUUGAGAUUGUUGAAAUUAGUUUAAGUGUACACUCAUCUUCUGGUUGUCGCUCACAUUUGUUUUGUAAAGACAAAUCAUUUCUGUUUAAUAUUCUUGUUUUUAAACAUUUUGUGUCAUAAAUAUUAUAAUAUCAUAUAAUUUAGCGAUUAUACUACUGAUUUUGUUUGGCAUAGAAAUUUGUUUUUGUGUGGUUAUUAGGCUACUUAUAAUUUAAAAAUAUAAUAAUAAUUACAACUGUAUCAUCGAAUAAAAUAUUUUCAUUAAAACAGUUUGACAGUUAGUUUAGUUAAACAGUUAGUUUAAUCAGUAUACAUGUAUAUACAUAUCUUGCACACAUAUUUUAAUGUUUUAUAUGAUUUAUGUUUGUUUUGAAAUUCAAUGUUCUAUUCUUGAAUGUUUUUAAAACAUCAUUUAUGAAUGGCAUAUUUAUUCAUUGUUGACAAUCUGGCGGUAUAUUUUGAAAAUAACAUUAUAAGAAAUGUUUUGUAGUCCCCUACCGGUUUAACCGGAGGGGACUUUACGUUUGCCCUCUGUUCGUCUAUCUAACCGUCUGUCUGCAUUGCAUAAUAGGGAAAGUGGGCCAUUUAACUGUAAAUAAAAAAAAACAACACUAUAGUUCAUUCCGUUACAAAAGAAUUGGGUAGAAUGGCACUCCAUUAAACAAAACAAGAAUGAUUAUUUUCCAUAACUCUGGUCUUUACUUUCGUGAUUUUUCGACUCCAAUUUUCAAGCAUAUGUUUCUUAAUUUCACACAAAGCAGUUGUGUGGAGAUUCAAUAAUCUUGCUUGAUUAUUUCCAGAAUUAUGGCUCUCUUGAACUUGAAAUUAUUAUGUUUUACUGUAACUUCAUUUCUUAAAGGGUUAACUUUAAUAUUUGAAAGCCCACAUCAUAAUAAUAUGACAAGGUUAAUUAAUCUUACGUCCAUAUUUCCAGAAUGAUCCCCCCUUAAACUUUGAUGUUUCCUAUUCUACUACAGCAGGCUCACCGCGGGUUUUGCUUUUUCCGCGAUACCACCGCGGACGAUUUUUUUUUAUCGCGGACAAACGCGGGGGUUCGUCCGCGAUGAGAAGCCUAAUUUCCCCGCGAUCCCGGUGUUUAGUUGUUUCCACCGCGGACAAAAUUCUGACGACUGUUCUUCAUUCAUCGAUAAAAUCAGUCACCCGUUUCCUGCGGGGGAACGCCAUGGUCAGUUGGUCAGUAUAAAUUUACCUCCAAAAAUAAUAGACGUUUUAUUAUUUUUUAACGUCAUCUUUUUUACACAAUGACUUGCAAAUUGACCACAAUCGUCUCCUUAAAUGUUAUUAUACGUUAAAUUAUUUGAAGGGAAUUUGAAAUAAAAAUAAUUACAGCUGUAAUUGUUGUUGUUUUUAAUAUUCAAUUGUAUGUACUUAAAACUACAUGUUCCUAUGAACAAUAAUAUCUUAAGAUAAAAAAAAAUUGAAAUAGUUUUAACUUGAACAUCGGUCGAUGGAAGUUCUUAGAAAAUAAUUGCCAUGUGCUUGUUUGCCUUAUAUACAUGUAUGUACAUGCAUACUGUUCAUAAUAAAAUAACAAAAAGUAUAACGUCAAGUUUAACAAAAUUCUGCAAAAAGAUCUAUAAAAAAAUAUAAAAAAACAAACAAACAAACUACUAAAACAAAAAUGAAAAUAAACUCCAACAGUUGAUACAAACUUCAAAAAAUAUACAUUACGUUCACACCUGUAAUUAGCUAAAUCAAGAAUAUCAUUUAAUGUAUAUUUUGGUGAAAUAAACGCUUUCUUUUAAUGUUCCAAAUAAAAUAUAAGACUUUAUGAUCAACAUGCAAAUAAACAGAAACAGUAAAACGCAUCUGACAAUUGAAAGAGACGUCCUGGAAUAUUGCCUGAAUAAAUUGUUGAGGGUUACGUUUUCAAAGUUUUUAAAUAAGAAACAAAAGCUGGCAUAUAAAUUGUUGCAGUAUCUUUUUCAUAAAUGUCAUAUGCCGAUUUUUUCAUUAUUUGACUUCAAGUUUCUCACUACCAUGAAAUUGCGACGACAAUGAUUUAUCUUGAUGUCGAAUACAUAUUAUACAUUACCCAACACAAUAACAAGAAGAAGAACAAGAAAUACACUGCAUUUGUACAUGUACUUUUAUUACAACAAAAAAGAAAACAAACAAACAAAUUUUACAUAUAGUUAUAUGUACAGUACAUGUUACAGUACGUACGUAUACUGAUGUUAUACUGAUGUUUAAAUACAGUAAUUAAUUUUUAAAAUUUAAGGUUUCCACCGCGUUGACCGGUGUUUGACCGCCGCGUUCCUCCGCAAUUUACCACUGCGUUCCGCGGGGGAAACGAUUUCAGCCGCUGAUUUAUGUCCGCGGUGGUGAAAAUUUUCUGUCCGCGGGGUCACGCGACAAUAUCUGAGCAAAUUUUCGUCCACGGUAUACCUCAUCCGCGGGGUCACGCGGGUUUUGAAAAAGCCGCGCUGAGCGUACUGUAUAUUACUCUCUUAUUUCUUCAUGGUUUUACAAUAAAUUCUAAAUAUAUGUUCAUUAUCAACACCUACAUCAUCUGUAAUUAGAAUUUUUUAGUCUAGCAUCUGGAAUUCUAUGAUUAUUCUAAUUGUGAACUUGGAUUAAGUUUGAAAUUUCGUACAGUCAUAUUUUAACUUUUCUUCUCUAUUACUAUAAAUGGUACUUACUUUUUACUAAAGAAAUUGUUCUUUGUCAUCGCUCAUAUCAUGUAUGAAAAGGUUCAUUAGACUAAGUGUAGAAUUUUUAUUCAAGAGUUAAUUCCUUUUUAUUUUAAGAAUUUUGAUGAAAAUAUGUUAGAGUUUGGUUGCAACCAAGGAGGUUUAAAGAUUAGCAAUUGAUCUGUCAGUCUUUCUGUCUGUCCGUCUUUUAAAAAUCUUGGAAAUGUUUCAACAAAAUUAUAUAAAAUAGAAGUGAAUUGAAAAAAUACAUAUUCAUCUUAAGAAAAUGUAAAUUGGAUCUUUUGAUGAUCUGUUGUAUAAACAUUACUUCCUUUUUAGGCAGGGACAUUUUAACACCUUUAUAUGACACAGAUAAACUAUGAACUCAAAAAGUCAUCCAUGUCUUCCACAAUGGCAUUUUUGAAUGGCCAUGACCUUUCUGAAUGUUGCUGACAUAUUUCUUGUAGGGUUCGAACCGGUAUGGGACUUCUGUUUUGCUUGUAAGCUUUGAUAAUUGCUUGUUUUAUUUGUAAAUAAAUGAUUAUAAUAUUG